AUGCUGGUCUCUUCCCCCCUUCCUUCCGCUGCGGCGCGCACUGUCGUGGCGCUUCUCUUCGUGAUGCUCGGUCUUGCUCACGGAGCGAAUGGGUGGUCCGGCGCCGACGCCUACACGAUAGUCCUGUUGAAGGGCUUUGACACAGACAGGGCUCUGCAGGAUCAGUUCUACAACGCUCCCAAUGGCACACUCUUGACCAUCGCGCGCAGCGGGUAUCGCCUCAUGGAUGGAGGUCUCGCGCCGCCGACCUCUGCGCCGACGUUGGCGAAAGAGACGGUCUUCAUGCCCGCCGAUGCCCUGGGCGAGCGCCUCUCCACCGCGAUGGGGUAUCAAGGAACGAAAGCCACAGGUAGCCUACUCCCGUUUCGCUGUCGACUCUCUGGAGAGUGGGUAGUGUGGAGCAAGGAGCGGCCGCGCAGAAGUGGUGUGGGUGAGCAGCCUCGAGGGAAGGGCGCUGAAGAGGAACCAGUCCUGUUGCAUUGCCGCCUUCCGCUGCCGCAGAACCGGAUGGAGCAGGCGUUGCUGCAGCGUCGCUACAUUGCGCGUAAUCGCGCUGCCAUGUCCGCCGCACUCGAGGCGUGGUGGCACACGGCUGCCAGCGAGCAGUCCUCCCGCUGCCUGUACGGUGACGGCGAAAAGGCACUGACCGGCAGGGAGCGAUACUACGAACUGUGUCCCGCCGGCGUUGUGUAUCGAGUUCAGCACCAACGCCUAAAGCACCUGCUGCAGCCCCCCUCUCCGCAUCGUGGCACUAAGGGCGCCGCCACGAAAGCCGAGGACACACCCAACGUGCUCGACUUCCUGCACACCAUGCACCAUAGCCUGUCGAGUCGGCAGGCCAUAUUGCAGAACCCACGGUACAGCGGCGUCUUUGAGCAGAUAGGCCGGUACCACCCGCGCAUUUCGAAGCCACAGUGGAACCCAGAGUACCUGGUGUGGGAGAGCUGGUACCCAUCAGCGAAACCAUGUGUUACGCAUUACACAAUACUCUCCGAUUUCGUGGGGACGGCGAUCGCUAACAAAAGUGUCACUGCGCGAGCUCGUGGGACGCCACGUGCAGUGCGGCCUCAAGACGCCUACUGGAAGACUGUGGUGCGCUUCAGAUGCCCGUCCCAUAGCUCCGCGAAUGAGACGCACAAGAGGUCGCUCUGGACGGUGACGGAGGCCCGUCAGUUGUGCGAGUACCAUGUGGAGGUGAUGAGCGAUCUGAUCUGCGGCUGGGAGCAGGAGCUGGACAGUUUCCAGGUAAACCCGGUGCCGUGUGUGGUGGUGGAUUGA